CAAUGGUCAUUCGAAAUUAGGGAGGGCCUCAAGCCCUCAAGUGAGCAAGCGCGCAUUGUAGAUUUGCAGUGACUGGUAGUACAGCUGGCUUUUUAUCUAUAAAAGGCAAGCGCACUCUGCUCUACGUACUCUUCUCUGGGUGUGCUUCUCGUCACAAAGUAAUUGCAGGAGACUAUCUAAUCUUACUAAGGGAGCGAUUUGAGGUCGAGGCAAGGACAUGGACGAGUCAGCCCUGUUCAUGGAAUGGGCCAUGGAGACGCUGGAGCACGAGCACCUGCUGCCGCCCGCCGUCGUCAGCGGCGGCGGCGACGAGGCGAACUUCCCCUCGCUCCAGGCGCUCCGCGACGUCUCGCACGCAGCGCUCGUCCUCGAAGAGCUGCUCACGGACGCCCACGCCGCCAACAGCGGGAGCUCUGGCGACACAGACGGCGGCAGCGGAGGCGGCGUCCACUUCUCGUCCACGGCGCCGGGCGCCAUGGAUCAGCAGCACGAUGUCUGGCUGCCGCCUUCGCCGCCCGCGAACGCGAACGCGAGCGGCAAUGGCGGCGGCCCCAACGUUAGCCUGCCAGGGCCCGUGAUGAGCUGGAAUUUCAGCGCCGCGUCCGCGCAGCCGGCCGCCGAUGCCGGCGCGCCGGACGCGGCCGCGGCCAGACUUUAUGAGCCCGGCUUGGCGUCGUCACAGACAUCGAGAAGAGCCUCGGCGAACAGCACCGCGAGCACGGGGCACACGCCUACUCCGGCGCCGUACGCGCAGGACCAUAUCAUCGCGGAGCGGAAGCGCCGGGAGAAGAUCAACCAGCGCUUCAUCGAGCUCUCCACCGUCAUCCCCGGCCUCAAGAAGAUGGACAAGGCGACGAUCCUGUCGGACGCGACCCGGCACGUGAAGGACCUGCAGGAGAAGAUCAAGGCCCUGGAGGCGGCCAGCGGCAGCAACAGCAGGAGCGUCGAGACCGUGGUGCUCGUCAAGAAGCCCUGCUACGGCGCAUCAGAAGACAACGGCUCGUCAGGGGCGCCGGCGCCGGGGAGGAGCCUGCAGCCGCUGCCGGAGAUCGAGGCGCGGUUCGCGGAGAACGGCGUGAUGGUGAGGAUCCUGUGCGAGGACGCCAAGGGGGUGGUGGUGAGGGUGCUGUCGGAGGUGGAGGACGGGCUUCGCCUCAGCGUCACCCACGCCAAUGUCAUGGCCUUCACCGCCUGCACUCUCAUCAUAACCAUCACGGCCAAGGUGGAGGAAGGCUCCAAGGUCACAGCGGAGGAGGUCGUAGGAAGGCUGAACUCUGCAUUGCAGCAGCAUAGCACCAGCACUUCUACUGAAGAAACAGGGAACUACUAAGGACAUAUGAUCACGACCGAGUACCUCGUUUUGCAAUAAUUAAUCGAAAAAUCUAUGCUCGGAUUUCGGUGUGAUGCAUCAACUAGCUGCACGUAGCUCUGUGUAAUUAUAUAGUGGUGAGACGGAGUGCGUGCGUGCGUGUUGACGACAAUGUCUGAACCACAGAUUGGCAAGCUUUCGCGAGAACAUCAUCACCGUCGAUCGACGCCAAAAUGUGCUCGAUCGCUGUUCACGAGGUAGUCGAGAAUCGAGCCGACUGUCCCAAACGAAAACGACUGCCCGCGCCAGUCGUAAAGUCUGCACCACCUCGAUUUGUAGGUGUAUAAAACAAUAAUAUAUACUAGGAGUAUUUUUUUUUAA